CAAACCUAUUUCUUUUCUCUUAUUCUUGGCUCCAUGGUUUCUUCGAGUAACUCUAAAGCUUUAGCACCGGUGGAAUUUGGAAGAUACAAUUACCAUUAUGAAGGGCCUAGUCGAAUUUGCUUUUGUGGUUUGAAGGCACCAAGGAUCAUGUCCUGGAGUGAGAAGAAUCUUGGUUGGAGGUUUUUGGAUGCCCACGAUAUGAUCUUAUGGGCUAAGGAGGUUAUCUUGUGGCUGUACAAUAGUAAGAGAGAAUUGGAAAAUGAUUUGGAUGAUGUAAGAGAAAGGAUCAGAGCUCUUAAGGAUGUUGUGAAGUGUCGUGAAGAAAAUGGAGAGAAACAUAUUGAGGCAUUAGAGAAGAAGGUGGAUGACUUGCAGAUGAUGGUGACAUUAACAAUGGUGUAUGCUACAAAGCAGGAGAAAUGGAAGAAGUGUGGGAAAUUGUGUUUGGUUUUGACUGUUUUUCUUGCUUUUGUCUUGGCCUUUUUCCAGUUUAGUACUUGGGUUAAGGGUGUUGCCAGGAAGAGGGAUUUGAAAAGUGUUGGAGCUUGAGAAGCUUUAAAAUUGGGGAGACUUGUGUUCUGUGGGCAAUAUGUGGGCAAUAUUUGUGCAUGCAAUGCAACCACCAAAGGUAAACAGCAAAGCUGCAUUUACACCAAAGCUGCAUUUACACCAAAGCUGCAUUUGCACAAAAUUUGUCAAAAGAAAGAACUUGACCAGUU